ACUCUAGUUAUCAAGAUGGUCAAAUAUCAUUUGUCCUGGAGGGUUGCAGACAUUUUUUCGAGAUUCUCAAUCUCCAUCAAAGAAUUUUUAGCCAUCUUCUCUGGGAUGUGGAGGUACCCUGAUUUGACAGCGGGUGGAGUUCAGAAGGGUUGUCCAGUAUGCCAUGGGAAUUGCAAUUGCAAUGAAUGCUCAAGUGCUGUAGACAGUGUGAAGGAUUCAUUAAGGGAGGCAAAUAAAGUGGAUAAAAUCCGGCACGCACAUUAUAUGAUAUGCAUGCUUCUUCCUGUGUUGAAACAAAUAUAUUUUGAACAGAAGAUGGAAUGGGAAAUGGAAGCCAAUUUACGGGGGGAAGUGCCAUCCGCCAUUCAGAUUCAACAAGUGGAAAGCUGUUGUGGAAAGCAACUAUACUGUGAUAACUGCAAAACUUCUAUAGUGGAUUUUCAUAGAAGUUGCUCAAGGUGUCAUUAUAACAUUUGCCUAAAUUGUUGCCGAGAUAUCCGGGAAGGUAAGUUAUGUAGACUCAUGGAAGUUAAGAGGCUCGAGUACCUAGACAGAAGCAGAGCUUACUCCCAUUUUCGAGAUCCUUAUCGAGGAGAAUUUAUGCAAAGCCCCUUGGCAUUAAGUCCUUGUCAGUCAUUGCAGUUCUCUCCAACACCUUUAUGUGAAUGGAUAGCUAACCCUGAUGGUACCAUUCCUUGCCCACCUGAGGAACUGGGGGGUUGUGGUAAAUGCAUUCUGGACUUGAAGUGUGUUUUCCCAGCCACUUGGAUUUCUGAGUUGGAAAGAAAUGCAGAGGAAAUAGCUUGUAGUUAUGACUUUCCCGACACAUCAGAUGUUUCUUCUUGCUGUACCUUUUGCUUUAAAGUUGGUAAUAAGGUCAGUGAAUAUGAUCAAUCGCUACGGAAGGCUUCUGCUAGGGAACACUCUGAUGACAACUACUUAUAUUGUCCAACAGCCCAAGAUAUCCAAGCUGAAGACGUUGAGCAUUUCCAGCACCAUUGGAUUAGAGGACAGCCAAUAAUAGUUCGAAAUGUGCUUGGAGAUACUUCUAGGUUAAGCUGGGAACCAACAGUCUUGUUGCGUGCAAUUUUUGACCAACGAAAUAUGGAACUUCAGAAUGAAGUGAAAACAGUUAAAGCUAUUGAUUGCUUGAAUUGGUGUCAGGUAGAUAUCAGUAUUGAUCAGUUCUUUGAAGGUUAUUUUGAGGGGCACAUGCAUGAUAAAAUGUCGCCUCAGAUGCUGAAAUUGAAAAAUUGGCCCUCUUCUAAAGUAUUUGAGGAACACCUUCCACAACAUAGAGCUGAAUUUAUCAGUGCAUUACCUUUUAAGGAAUAUACUAGUCCAAGUGAUGGUCUCCUUAACCUGGCAGUCAAGCUGCCAAAGGAUGUCCUGAAGUCUGACUUUGGCCCACGAACAUAUAUUGGUUAUGGGACUUCUGAGGAGUUUGGAAGAGGUGAUUCUGUAACAAAGCUGCACUAUGACUUAUGUGAUGUGGUGAAUGUUUUAGCACAUACUGCAGAAGUUGUAUUUUGCCCCAAACAAGCUACCAAGAAAGAACGGCAAAAGAGAAAGCAUACAAGUCAAGAUCAUAAAGAUUUUUUUAGCACUAGUAAGGACCCAGCGGUUUAUGAGAUGCAGCCUGAUGCAUAUUCUGUAAGAAAAUAUGUCGAAGAAGCUGACACUCUUAGCUCACUGACUGAUAUUGAUGGUGGCAAGCCACUCCGGCCUUUACCCGCUGCUGAAGAUUCACCUCUUUCUGGUGUUACUUCAAAAUCCAGUGAAGACCUUGAUAUUGGUACUGCAGCAGAGAGAGAUCUUAACAUUGUAUUGGAUGAUUUUAUGUCUGUGGCCACCAAAAAGAAUUAUGUUGACAAUGAAGAGCAAAAAUCUAGCAAUAGCAGUACUUCUCAAAGCUCUGAAAAUUCUGAAUGUAGUGGGACAAUUAGUCAAGCAAAGUGCAGGGAACCUCCAAGCGUUGUUGGAAAUUCAAUAGCUGAUUCUUGCGGCGCAAUAUGGGAUGUAUUUCGUAGAGAAGAUGUUCCGAAGCUACAGGAAUACCUUAGGAAACACUCCAAUGAAUUCUGGCAUACAUAUUGCUCCCCAGUUAAACAUUUUGUUCAUCCCAUUCAUGAUGAGAUUUUCUUUUUGACUGAGGCACACAAAAGAAAGCUCAAGGAGGAAUUCCAAGUGGAGCCUUGGACUUUUGAGCAGCACAUUGGAGAGGCAAUCUUUAUUCCUCUGGGGUGCCCGCAUCAAGUUAGAAAUCUUAAGUCCUGCCUAAAAGUGGCUAUGGAAUUUGUAUCGCCUGAGAACGUGCAUGAAUGUAUCCAGUUGACUGAUGAACUCCGGUCACUGCCAAAGAAUCACGAAUCUAAAGAAGACAAAUUGGAUGUAAAGAAGAUGACUCUCUAUGGUGUUUCUGCAGCAGUCAAAGAAAUUCAUGAGUUGACAUCACUUGCCAGGGACGAUGUGAGACUUGCGGACCUUAAAAUCUCAAACCAAAGAUUGGCAUGGGCUCCACAGACCCCUUCACCCCCAUUGGUUCAGCCUCGAUCACUAUGCCUUGUAUAGUUUGUUGUUCUUCAUAAUUCACUAGGCACAUGAUAGUGCCAGGCGGAAAUUUUGAUAUUCCUAUUCAAUCGCCUUCAAUUAUUUUUUCGGCAGAAGAAUGAGAAUGCAUUAGCCCUAUAGACUAGUGUUUUGUAGAUCCAAUAAUUAGUCUGGCAUACAUGGAGAGUGGGGGGCCUCACUUCUCAAUCUUUGUAUAUACAACUUUAUUAUUUUUUUUUUUUUGGAUAUUUGGGAGGGAGGGAGGUAGGGGCGAUGGUUCAGCGUGCAUUUGCAACUGGGACAAUUUGUUGCAGUUGUGAACACCUUAAGGACCGACUGCCUAUUUCCGCAAAAGCACGUAAUUGUUUUUUAUGAACUCAGCUAACAUAAUUCAUCUCACAGUGAAUUAUUAUACAUUUGUCUUUUGGAGAGACCUGCCAUUUUAAGGUUGAAUACCAACUAUAAAUACUUUUAAAUUGCUUAAGCUCAAGCACAA